AUGUAUUCCAGCAGUCCCUGGUUCCAUCACAAAUCAGAUACUUUUAGCACGUUUAUUACAGAAAAAGAAAUCAUAAAGCCCAUUCCAGUUACAAGAAGGACCUUAUCAAAUGUAAAAUUCGAUAAUUCAAUUCUUGAAAAAUUAAAUGAUGAUUCGGCAAGCAUUUCUGAAAGAGAAAACCGAAAAGCAUUAACUCUCCCCUUUUAAACUGGAACCAAAAAUCUUGUUCUAUCUAGCGGGGAGUUAUAAACAAAAUUUACACUCAUAAAACAAUAUAAUUUAAGCAUAAUUAUUUUUGUAAAGAAUUAAAAAAAAAAUUAAUUGAGUUAGUGAAAAAAAUGUUUAAAUAUAUUCAACUUGCAUUUUUCUAUUAAAUUAGGUUUAAAACUAAUUUUAUAAAAAUUUAGUAUUUUUACUUUUAAUGUUUUAAAAAAAAUAAAUUGAACACAUAAUUUUGAACUUUAAUUUAUUUUAAUGAAAAAUUAAAUAAAAAAUUAGUCGAUUUGGAAACUGUUUAAAUAAGAUUCUAUUUGUGUUUUGUCGACUAAAUUGAUAAAAACUAAUUUUAUAGAAUAGGUAUUUUCAUCAAUAAAAUUUUGCUAUUGAAAAACAAACUUUGUUCCAAUUUAAAGGGUUUAAAGUACCUAAAAAAAAGAAAAUUGUAGAUGUUUUGUUCCAAUUUAAAGGGGGGAGUAAGGAAAAGUGAAAGCAUCAGCAGGAUGAGCUUAAAAACAAUAAAAGACCCCGGCACCAUAUCCCUUAAGCCUCUUGAGUUCAAUAAAAUCAUAAAAGAGCUAGACAAAAUCAUAAACAAUGCAAAUUACGGACAAAGAAGGGUUAUCUUACUCCCCCCCCCCCUCCGUGAGCGAACAAAAAAAUUUUGUUCGCUCACGGAGGGGGGUUUAAUUUUUUUUUUUAAAAAAAAUUUAUAUAUAUAAAUUUUAAAAAAAAUAUUUUUUUCGAAAUUUAAAAAAAUCCUAAUUUGCAAAAAUUGGGAAGCAAAUAUUAAUUUAAUUUGCAAAAUUUAUGUUUUAAAACGCAAUUUGUUUAAAAUUAAACAGAAUUAGCUCUAGAUUUCAUUAUACUAAUUAUCACUUAUAUAUCCAAAUUUUUUUCCAUUAAAAUUUUUUCUAUUAAAAAAAUUUUUGUUCACUCACGGAGGGUGGGUUUUUGGUCAAAAAAUGGCGAUUUUUCUAAUGGUUUUGUUCGCUCACGGAGGGGGGGGGGGGAGUUAGAAGAAGGACGACUAAAUUAUAUUCACCUAGAAGAAGGUGAAUCCCAACUUUUUACGAUAUUUUCAGAAAAUAAGCCAAUCCCGCUGAAAAUCAAAAUUGAACGAAAAAUUGGGAAGAAAAUGCUAACAACUUACAUUUCAAGAAAAGUGCAAUUUCCUGACUCUGACCAGCAUGAUGCAGUUUAUACACGGGAUGAGUUUGAGAUUAGCGAUUCUGGAUUGCGUGAAUUAAAUUUCGCUACACAAAGAAUUUGCUUGAAUAUUACAUCAAGCGAGACUUGCAGCUUUAUAAUUGGUAUCAAUUUCGGUUUAUAAUAUUUAUUUUUAAAUCAUAUAUUUUUUUUAAAAUUGGCAAGAUUUGCAUGAAAAUUAUUUAAUUAAUUAAUAUAACUAAAUCUCAAUUUCGGAAGAAUAAUUUCUAAAGACGCCUGCGAAUUAUUUAAAAGAAGAGAUAAAGAGGAAGAAUAUUUAAACCAAACUAAUAAGCAAACUCCUGUAUAUUUAGAAGAAGAUUCUCUUGAUAGGAAAUUCAAAAAACAAGAAAGUGCUAUGCAUUCUAUUAAUUUUGUAAAACGAAAUAUACAAAGAGCACAGUCUUGCCAAAGGCUAAACGAUUUUGUAACAGAAAGAAGGGACAUUUCAGAAAGCCGACGGAGAAAUGUGGUUUCCAGACACCAUGAAAUUUUAGCUGAACGAAAAAUUCGAGGGGAAAUUUUGAUAAAAAAGAGCGAAAUAAGGAAAACAUUAUAUAAUCAGGUUGAAAAAGUAUAUAAAAUUCACCAUGUAAAGCAUGAAUUUGGCAAGAGAUGACUAAGCUUGAUGCAUUUCUGUAAAUCUAUUAUUAUUUUCAAAGAAAAACUAGAAAAAAGGAAAUCAAUAGCAAAAACUAAUUUAAAAUCAUUAUUUGCCGUCAUUACUUUUCAAAAUGCUUGGAAAAAAUACAUUAAGCAAGUCCCAGUUCAAGACCUCAAUAUGAGAAGAGCUCGAAAUGCUCUAUUAUUUUAUGGAGCCCAUGCCAGAACUUUUCUGCUUGCUAAAGUAAAGCGGCAAAUUUUAAUAGCGAAUUACCACAGUUCCAUCAAUUUUAAGCUUCCAGCCUAUUUUAUUAAUUUUCUUUCAAAAAUUUUAUUUAUACAAAGCUCUUGAAAAACUUAUCAGAAAACCAAAAAUAAAAGAUUAAAUAAAAUAAAUCAUCUGUGAAACAAAACAAUAGACAAUAUCGUAAAGAAAGUAAUGAAUCGUAAGCGAAAAACUAAAAAAUCGAAAACUAUUAUAAACAAACUCAUUAAUAUUCCACAAGAAUCAAAAAAAUCAUUAAUUUCUAUAUAUCUGCAAAAUGCGAUGAAAAAUUAUAUUGAGACUAUGAGAGAACCUACAGCUGUAGAAGAGAAAAUUAUUGAAAAAACUUCAGGAAAAAAUACUGCACAGCAUUCUAGAACUUCUUCAAGGUACGGAACCCGUGUAAAGAUAAAUUAUAUGCCAAGCCAAGAAGAUGUUAUUGGAAUGAUAAAAUCAGCAGCGGCCAUAGACAGCCCUUUGAAAACCUAA